AUGGCGAACAACUUCUUCGACGGAACCUGGAGUGAUUUCUUUGACGACCCAGCGUUGCUCGGCCUCCAAGCGACCCUCGCCCUGUCUCUCGAACCGCCGUCACCUCGUCCUCAACGCAUCCACCACAUGCCACCAGUUAGUUCUCGUUAUACGCUCGAACAAAAUACAGCCCAGGAUGCGAGAUUCCGUUCUGGCUUUGGGGAUCGGCCUGCAUCUUCACCUUUUGGUGCUGCGGUGGUUCGGGAAGCAACUGGUUUGCCGCCGUCCGAAGUUCUCGGCAACGGAUUUAUGGUCGGACCCACUCGGCCCGCUUCCACCCCUCGGCGUCCCGAGCGUUCUCGACUCGAGGCGUCACUGGCGAGGGCCGAGAACCCAACCACUGAUCUCUUGCAGCUGAACUCUCCUCCACGUCGCGCUCCCACCUUCCCUGCUAUUCUUCCACCUCCAAGCCUCAAUCACACAACACUCUCCUCAACGUUUCCCACCCACGGCCUCCCAAACUCCCAGCGGAGGCACAACGACAUCUUUCCCGCUUCAAUACCUCCUCGCGGCAUUCAACGCAGUUCAUCUCAGCGCCGAAGCCCGCGCCACGACCACGCGGGCGACAUCACAACUUCUGUGCCCUUCACCAUCGACGACGAUUUUUCCCGGCAACCCGCUACCCACAGAGCAACGCCAUUCUCCGACGACACCCGCAGCGUGCCCCGAUUGCCAACCAUGAUGUCCUCGAACGCGGGUAGAAGAAACGUACGGCCCAGCGACCUGACGCUGCCCUCUACACCCAGCCAGCCAACCCAGUCGUCUCGCCCCGCUCAUAGGACCACCCGCCGAAGCACGUCGCAGUCCGUGCAGCCAGAGCAAGGCGCUUCUGGCAGUAAGCGCAAGCGAGAGCCAGACUUUGACGACCUUUUCGGCGAGAGCCCUUUCGACGGCCAGGAGGUGGUCGAUCUAGUCGAUAAGGAUGAAAUGCCGAUCGAGAUCCUCAAUAGCCAGGAGGAGAAGAAAAAUUACAUCAGGAUGAGCUCUUUUGACUGCGUCAUCUGCAUGGAUAGCGUUAAGGAUUUGACCGUUACUCAUUGCGGGCACCUCUUUUGUUCCGGGUGUUUGCACUCUGCACUCAACAUGGACCAGAGCCGACGGAUCUGCCCCAUCUGCCGGCAAAAGAUUGAUAAAGUGCCUGCUGGCAAUAACAAGUUCGGUCAAAAAGCAAAGGGCUACUACUCGUUAGAGCUCAAACUGAUGACCAGGAAAUCCAUGGCAGCGAAAGCCGAGCGGUCGUCUGUAUGA